ACGUCCCCAGUUCGAUCCUGGGUCGAAUCAUUAUUUUUUUGUUAUUUUUUGCAAAACCUGAUCUUGUCUAUCUUGAAGAUUCUUUUUUAUUAAGGGUACAAUUGAUGGCAUCAAGUUGGGCAUUUUAUUCUUGAGAAAGAUCCAGUCACAGCGCGUUUACAACCGAGCUGUUUUGGUGGUUUUGACGCGUGAAUUCAGAUGAACUACGAACAGCUUCGCAAUCGAUAAGAUCAGAUCAACUACAGAAAGCGACAAGUAUAUUUGAGCUGCCCGCACAUACAGAAGAAGGGCCAAAGGAACUCAAGCUUACUCGCAGAAGAUCUCAGGAGAGCUAGAGCAUAGCAAUGGUCGGCGAAGUUGGAUCAGAGGAUGAUGAGCACGGGGAAAUUGAUCGAAAGUAUAGCAACGAUGACGAUAGCAAGGACGAGGAAAUGGAAGAUAUAAUAGAGGAAGAGGAGGACGAUGAUGAAGAGGAGGAGGGGGAAGAGGAGGAAGACGAAGAAGAGGAGGAGGAAGAAGAAGAUGAUGAUGAGGAGGAAGAUACUUAUGUGCUCGAUGAGACGUCGAUGGUCGACGCGACCGGUCGUGAAGCGACGACAGGUGGUGACGACGACGAAGUGGAAUUAUAUAUUCCACUUGAUCUUACUAUGGCUCCUCAAUCGCUGGACAGUACGUCUGAUUUUCAAAUAGUUGGACUACACACCCCGCGUCCACUCAUUUCUCUCGGAUCUAGGGUCUAUGAAGGCGAAUGGGAGGAUCUGGUGGGGACAAACAUGCUGUUUAGCCAAGAUGCAGAGCUGAUAGCUACAACCCGACAACAAAUCAAAUUGCAUCUGGGCCAACUCGUUAGACGAGAAGAAGCCGAAAAGGUGAUCAACAGCCAAGGUCGGUUGUCAGGAAUCGACUGGUCGAAUGCGCAAAAGACGCGAAAUCGCAAGGCUACGUUACUAGAGAAGAUUGUCGCGAUUGAUCGGAAAAAGAAAGAGCAGGCCGAGCAGACGCCUGGCAGCUGAGAUGUACGAUUAUUGAGAAAUGAACAGAUUGUAAGAUAAUGAGG